AUGGUGUAUGGAGGCAAGCCGAGUACCGGAUGUUACCUUUGUCGCAAGCGGAAGAUCAAGUGCGAUGAAGAACGUCCUGGUUGUCGGAACUGUGCCACAUACGGACGCCCAUGUCCAGGCUACCGGCCCGAUGCGAUCUUUCGCAACGAGACCAGGAAAGUCGAGCGACUAGCAAAAAAAGACACAAAUUGUUCAUCCAGCUCCAGUAAAAACAACACGCCUUCAUCCCAAGCUCUCAUGGUCGCUGACCGGAGCCUUGAUCGGUCGGCCUCUGUCCUAAACCUCCAUCGCAUCGCUGAUUCCACAUGGGAAGAGCGUGCAAUCUGUUACUUCUUUGACCAGUACACCGUCCCUGGAGACAAUGAAGAGGGCACGGGUCAUCUCGAGUACCUGCCUCCUCUGUAUGCGCGUGCCGCCGAAGUUCAAAGCACCGUCAAAGGGUCUCCCGCCGCCUGUCUGCGAUGGGCAGUCGACGCCACGGCUCUCAUGACGCUUGCAAAUUUUUCGAAUGCCCCGCCGCUUAUGAUUAAAGCGCGCCAGGGCUACGGCAGGGCACUACGUGGAUUGCGAGAUGCGCUGGCGUCGCCGGAUACUGCGAUCAUGGAUGAGACGUUUGCCUCCGUGCUGCUUCUCUCGCUCUAUGAAGAUAUCAGCGGCGAGCGCAAUGGACUGUUCAGCUCACAUACGGCGGGCUUUGAGUUUCUUAUGAAGUUGCGAGGCGAGGGCCAGCUGGAUCACCAGCGCGGUCGUGACAUGUUUAACUUUGCCUAUGCACAUACCUACGUUGAAAUUCUCGCACUGGGAGAUAAGCCGCGGCACGACAUUGACUGGGUUUUAGGUUUAUUGGACAGCAACGACCCAGUUGAGCGGCUGAUGCUCGCAGCAUCAAAGAUCCGCCAACUCUUCCUGUCAAUGCAAACUGCACCCAGCCCUCCAGACCUGGCCACAGUCGAAAAAUGGAUCGAAGCCGGUCGCAAGUCCGAUCUUGAGCUGUCGCAAUGGCCCCUACAUCUCCCUGACCGCUGGCUGCCACUGGUCGUCUACUCGGCAAAGGGCGAAACCCUGAUGGUGUACAAGACCAUCGGAAACGCCGUCAUCUGGAACUACUACCGUGCAGCGCGCGUCAUGCUCCAGCAAUGCCUCUUCAACUUGAAUCGAACCUACCUCAGCAUCAAAAAUAAAACCCGGAAGCCUGAUGAUCCAUCCCAGGCAAUUCCCGCUCUCGACGAAGCUAGUCUGCGGGAAGUUGUCCAAGAAAUGACCACGGAUAUCUGCCGCAGCAUUCCAUUCUCGCUGUCGGAUGUCGAUGAACUGGGUCGGCUGGCCGGCCCGAUCGACGGCAAGCCCGUCCGCGCGGCCCAGGCAUACGGUCUGAUCUGGCCGUUGUGGUACGUCCUAUCCUGCGGUAUGCCGACUGAAGCGCAGUUUAACCAGAUCCGCGAGGUGUUAUGGAGUAUCGGAUCCACGCUCGGCAUCAAAUUGGCGUUGAUACUGGCACGCGAGGCGGAACGUAUGCGCAACGAGUCGUUGGCAUCGGCUCCUGCCGCCGGCCCCUCGGGCCGCUAG